UACCUUGCAAAUUUUGUCGAACUUUCCCUUCCCACUUCCAAUUCAGUCCGUAAUCUACUCUUCGUGGACUAUUAAUACUCUCUUCCGUUUCCUCAACCAAAACCCUCAUUCUCUCAGUUCAACGCUCGACAGUGUCUUCUUCUUCUACCCGCCUACCUUCUUUCUCCUCCUCACUGAUUACUGAUCAAAAGCUCCAAUUUUUUUCCUUUAUAUUCGAUCAAGAUCCUUCCUUGAAGAAGGAGGAGGAGGAGGCGCCAGAAGAACUAUAGAACCCUUCAUCUAUCUUCGUAUAUUAAGCUCCGACUUUAAUUUAACAGAGAUGGGCUUAAGCUAUCAGUGCGCUUCCUCCAUCCUGCUUUGUUCAGAGGACAACAGCAGCAUCUUCGGCUUUGAUGAUGAAGAAGAAGAGGUUGAAAGGCAUUGGUCUGAUUCCCAACUUCAGCAAAAAAGCUGCGAUCUUUAUCGAGAUUUCUUGAUGGGAUUUCCGUUGCCAUCCGAUGAGUGCGUGCUUCUGCUGCUGCAGAGACAGUUGGAGCAUCAGCCUAAGGAGGACUAUGCCCAGAAGCUCAAGAAUGGAUCUUUGGAUGUUUCCAUCAGAAGUGAUGCCAUCGAUUGGAUGCUAAAGGUUCAUGCCUAUUACAAUUUUGGACCUUUGAGUUCUUAUCUUUCUGUGAAUUAUCUGGACCGAUUUCUUUCUUCCUAUGAGCUCCCUCAAGGAAAGGCAUGGAUGACUCAGUUGUUAUCAGUAGCCUGCUUAUCUCUGGCUGUUAAGGUGGAGGAGACUCAAGUCCCUCUGUUGCUUGAUCUGCAGGUGAGUGAGGCCAAGUUUGUCUUUGAGGCCAAGACCAUCCAAAGAAUGGAGCUCUUAUUAUUAAGCACGCUCAAAUGGAGGAUGCACGCCGUGACACCUUUUUCAUUUAUCGACUACUUCCUUCACAAGCUCAAUGGCGGGAAUUCACCGUCCAAGCUCUUGUUAUCGCAAGCAGUGGAUCUCAUCCUUAGCACCAUUAGAGUGAUUGAUUUCCUCGAGUUCAAACCUUCGGAAAUCGCUGCCGCCGCUGCGCUAUCAGCAAUGACAGAAGCCCAAAGCUUGGAUCUUGAGAAAGCGAUUGUUUGUUGUUGCAAUGUAGAUAAAGAGAGAGUGUUAAAAUGCUAUGAAGUGAUGCAAGAGGAGAUAUUGAUGAGUAGCUUAAAACUGAAGUAUGGGAUUCGAUCGGUUCCUUCGAUGCCUGAGAGCCCAAUUGGAGUUCUGGAUGCUGCUUGUCUGAGCUAUAAGAGCGAAGAAAUGGCUUCAGAAUCUCGGCCGAGUUCUCGUAGCUCUUCUCCUGCUGCGAAGAGACGGAAGUUUAGCAGAGCUUUUAUUUCACGAUGAAGAGGAAGAGGUCUCCUAAUCAGGUUUUUGUGCUAUAUAUGGUGAUUAAGUUUACUUUGAAAGUUGAGAUUUUUUUUCUAAGAGGACUGGAAGAUUUGACAAAAGAAGCAUAUGGAUAAAGCUUGGAAAGAUUAAAUAGUAUGAUAAUUGAGAAUAAAGAGAUGUAAUUGGAUUAUUUGUUGAUGUUCUGAAUAUAAA